AUGCGACCUAAAGUUGCCGUCAUUACCGGCGCCGCCUCCGGAAUUGGCCUCGCACUGACCCGGGACCUCGUCUCCAAGGGGUGGAACGUUGCGAUUGGUGAUAUAAACUCGCAAAGGGGUGAGGAACUUUCUGCUGAGCUCGGUUCCGCCGUAUGCUUCCAGCGUACCGAUGUCUCCAGCUGGGAGCAACUCGCAGUGCUGUUCAAGAAAGCCUGGAUGACGUGGGGUCGAAUUGACUUCCAUGCUGCAAACGCCGGCAUUGACGACAAGGAAUCGCUGCAUGGGUCAGCAUCACUGAGCGACGACGACGAGCCGUCCAAACCCGAUCUUACGGUAGUCAACGUUGAUUUGUUGUCGGUGUUUUAUGGCGUCCGACUGGCGACACACUACUUUCGCAAGAAUGAAGUCAAGGGAGGCAAGAUUGUCGUGACGAGCUCGUCCGCAGGCCUGUACGCCCUGGCGCAGCUCCCGCAGUAUUCGGCAUGCAAACAUGCGCUCGUUGGGCUGACAAGGGCAAUGGCCCAACCACUGCGUGCCGAGAAUAUCACGAUUAAUGCCAUCCUCCCUGCAUUUGUUAUCACCAACCUUGCUCCGGGCCCGCUGAAUAGCAUUUGGCCCAAAGAGCACACCACUCCCAUGUCGACUAUCCUGAGAGCGUUCAAUUUAUAUUUGGAUACAGAUAUGACGGGUCAGAUUGGGGAGUGCAGUUUGGAGGAGAUCUACUUCAGAAUGCAGCCAGAGUAUGCAAACGCCAGCCAGAAAUGGAUCGUUGAAGAAAGCGGAGGUUUGUGGGAGCGGGCAUACCCUCCUUCGGAGAGGUGA